CUCCCGCCAAAAGUGAGCACCCGCGAUAUCAGAAGCCGAUUGGUUGCUUUACUAUCGCUGGUGCUCAAGGUUAGUUUGCGAAAGACUAAAGCACAGAACAGGGGGUGCUGGAAAUUUUACAACGAUAAAAAGCAGCACAGUCUGGUCCGUAAAUUAACUGGCUUUGAAAAUACAGAGAGCGGGCUAGAAGUGCUCAGACGGGACAGAAAUUGAUUUUCUCGGGGGAAUACAAAUGAAAACCUCGAAUUUAGUGUACGCCUACAUUGAAACUUCAAAAUAUCACAUCCUGAAAUGAAAGUAAACCUCAAAUGUCAGGAUCAACAUUAAUUUUCUAUGCAUUUUCUACAUGCGAUAUUUAUCCCUUACUGUUUCUGGUUCUCCUAAUCAAUAACCAACAGAAUCUCAAGUUCACUAUUAUUUCUUCUCCUUCGCCCUUUACACCCGAGUAAUUAAAGCUCUCCAUGGGGCCUCUAUGUGCUGUACUGAUCCUACUAGCAGCCCUUCAUAAUUUUUUGGGAUUAUUUUUCGAAAUUCGAAAAGUAAGCGACUCUUCUGGUUGUCGAAUAAAUUUUCUGGAUAAAACUUCGGUUUCAAACGGUUUUCAUUGGAUUAGUUCUAGUUGCCCUUCUUCGAGAAAAUUAAUUGGAAUAAAAUUGUUUAAUAGAUUAAUGGGCAUUUUCUCCCAACUUAUCUUUAUUGCCUUCGGCAAAAGCUAUCUGAUGAUACUAUUACUACAUCUAUUUUGCAGAUUCCCGAAGACCCAAUGAUGUUAGCUAUUAUUGUGGGAAUCUUCAGAUCUUGCUUUGUGGCCUUUCAUUAUCUAUUUUCUUUCUUUGUGCCUCCAAGAAGGCAUCCCAUUCUCUUACUGUUCUCAAAAACACUAACAUUGCUUCCGCAAAAGGGACCAAAAGAAACCUCGUAUUCAAGCGGUAAUAGUGACGUCAAAUCUGAAAACUGUCUGCUUUAACAACCUGAUGCUUAUAAAUACACAGUCUAUCAAUGAACACCCAUUAUUGAAAGGUAUUUUGAUAAUCUCAGCAGUAAGACUUGUCCUUCAUUUCUUUUAAUUUGCCCUUCUGCCAAAUUCUGUUUUGGAAACGCAAAUUAGUAGAGACGCAAAUUAGGUACCAGGCUUUUCGCUUCCAAAUCAACUAUGACGAUGGAUAAUCCUUUAUUGAUAUGACGUCAAAUUACGAUCAAUCUGUAACUUAACAUCUUCGGUUAACAUUUUUAAUCAGUUGAGUUGUGAACAUCGGUUGUGAAGGAUUGACAAUGUUGUCGAAGUUUUUUCACCGCUCAACAGCGAGUACGAAUGAAGACGGCUUAAACCUUUGGGAUCUUCCAAGGUUACACCGAGCCGCGUACAAGAACAAGAUUCAGAAACUGCAAAGUCUUUUAAAGAAAAGACGAGUUGAUAUCAACAAGAAAGAUGUCGAAGGACGAACGGCACUGCAUUAUGGAUGCCUCGCCGGCAGAAUUCAAGUGGUACGGCUCAUUUUGGAUGCUGAUGGCAAAAUCACUAUUGACAGAUUUGGGAGGAGUCCUGUUUUUAUGGCAAUCAAAAACGGACAUUUGGAUAUAGUCAAAGUAUUCUACGGAAUAGAGUUUGACUUCAACCGACCUGACCACGCAGGGACCACACCACUGCAUUACGCCAUUUUCAGAAAGAAAAUGGAGAUUGCAGAAUACCUGGUGAAACAAGUGCAUGUGAAUGUGAAUGCAAGAGAUAUGCAUAUAUCUACGCCACUGCACGAAGCAGUCCUUGCUGGGUUGCCAAAUGUGGUUUUAUUGCUAGUGAAAAAUGGAGCAGAAACAGAAAUCAGAGAGAUAAUCGGAAAGACCCCCUUGUUGCUGGCGAUCGUCAAAGGAGAAGAAGAAUGUGUUGAGAUCCUCUUACGCUAUGGUGCAGAGAUCUACCGUACAAGAUAUAGCAGCCUCGCAGAGGACAAGGCUCUUCAAUUUCGCCAGAAAAGGUAUAGCAAUACAAUUGCAAAUUUCAUUCGAAAUUUGAGCUAGUAAACCGACAAAACUAUACUUGUUUUAGCAUCAACAAUCUUAAGUUUAAGGUAGCAUAUGUUCCAAAUC